AUGGCUCCUUCGAGCGAGACAGCAACCGUACGAGUCCUUUGCCCAAAGCUGGUUCUCUCUAAGAACCAACCCGGAACUCUCCAAUGGCUCAUUGGUUCCCCAUUUUUCCCGCCUUUCACCGUCGUCUCCACCUUCCGAUGCAUUCAUCACUCUCCUGAUUUCGAGCAAGAAUCUGGUAAGGAGAAAGCCGUUUUCUACACUGGUCUUGGGAUUAGCUCAUAUGGAUCAAUGGAAUAG